AUGGAGGGUCCGGCCUUGCCUGGGAACGUAGCUGGGAUGGAGAAGGCCAGCUCCCCCGCUGUUCCCCUCAACGCAUCUGGAAAUGGCAGCAGAGGGCAGCCAGGGGUGGCCCCACACUCCCCCCUGGCCUUGGCGCUCAUCCUGCUGGCCGUGCUCUCCAUCAUCCUGGCCAUGCUGCUGGGCAACGCGCUGGUGGUGGUGACUGUCUUCACCAGCCAGGCCCUCAAAGCCCUGCAGAACCUCUUCCUGGUGUCUCUGGCUUCAGCCAACAUCCUUGUGGCCACCCUCAUCAUCCCCUUCUUGGCCAACAAGCUGCUGGGCUCCUGGGGCUUCAGCAGCCUCUGGUACAGCCUCUACCUGGCACUGGCCACGCUCUUCUGCACCUCCUCCAUCCCGCACCUGUCUGCCAUCAGCCUGGACCACUACUGGCCUGUUGCCAGGGCUGCCGGGUUCAAUUCCAGAGUCAAGGUCAUGAUCGGUGCCAUGUGGGCCAUCGCUACUGUCUCCCUGCCAGCCCUGUUCACGGCCCAGCCACAGGCCAGGAAGCGCCUGCUGAACAACGAUAUCUGGUACAUGCUGGCCUCCUGCACCGCCUCCUGCUUCACCCCCUGCCUCACCAUGCUCCCUGUGUACUACAGGAUUUAUCGCAUCAUCAAGCACAGGUGCUGCAGCAUUGUCUCCGCCAGGCCUGGCAUGGCCCAGCGCCCCUCCCGUGUCAGCUCCUGCUUGUCCACUGCCACUGCAGAGCAGGACACAAGCACAGAGCAGGGCAGCCAGUGUGCCCACAAGCUGGGGCCAGCUCGUCUCUGCAGGCAGUGGCCAGAGGAGGAGAACAACAGCGCCAGUGCCAGCCUGAGAAGGCUCAGGAGGCCUUCCUGGGCACUGGCUCGAGGCCCCUGGCGGUGGGGUGAGCAGCAGAACAUGUCCAUCUCCAGGAGACGGCUGGUGCAGGCGCGGGAGCGCGGGUUCCCCUUUGUCCUGGCCAUGGGGAUCGGUGCCUUUGUCCUGUGCUGGUUCCCCUUCUUCACCUACAGUCUGGGUCGCUGCCACAUCUCCAAGCUCCUCUUCAGCUUCUUCUUCUGGAUUGGCUACUGCAACAGCUGCCUUAACCCAGUCAUGCACAUCUUCAACGGGGACCUCCGCAGGCUCCUCUCCAAGGCCCCGCGCUGGCGCCACUCCUCUGCUCGGCCAGACCCCAGCAAAGCCCCUGCACGACUGUCCCCUUCUGGCUGA